AUUAUUGUUAUUAACAUGUAAUAGAAACAAUAUUAUUAUUUAUUAUUUAGUAAAAAUAUGAAAAUAUGUUACUUAGCUAUAAGCUAAGAAUGUAUCGUGCAUAUAACGUAAAGUGAUAACACGUAUUCACAUAAAUAAAACGGCAUUAAAGAAACAUCAAAGUGCCAGGUCUUUAGAAAAAAGAAAAGUGUGUGACACAAGAAUGUGAAACGAAUAGAGAUAAGAAAUAUAAUGACCACAUAAAUAACAUUAGAAACUGCUGAUAGGCUUCAACAAUAGAGACUUUUCUCGGAAUUAAGUGCAACUUCAAGGGAACAGAGUCUAAUUAAGAUAAGAGGUGCACCAUGUCUUCUGCCGUGGACAUACAAAUAGUUUCGGCUCCGAAUUUAGCCAAGAUAGAGAGUUAUCUGAAAGAUGCCUCCUAUCGCGAGACCAUCGAAUACAGUGCAAAUUUCAAUACACGAUUGUGCAUUGAACGACGUUUGCGAUUGCCUUUUCUGGAUCCUCAAACUGGAGUAGCUCAAAAUCAUUCACAUUUAUUCGUGGACAAAAAACAACGUAUGCCGGGCUUUAAGGAAGGCCAACUCUACACGUAUCCUGCAGCCAGAUGGAGAAAGAGUCGUCGACAAUAUCUUAAUAAAAUGUACAAAUUUCCCGAUCGUCCGUUUCAGGCUUUGCGUAAAGAUCAUGAAGCUCUGGUAGCCAGCACAACUACAACAUCGGGUAGUGGGGGCACAGCUUCACCCACAGUUAUGUCCUCGGCUGUUAUGAAUGAUCCAGAUUUUAAUAGUUCCCUUUUAGAAGAGUCUUCGUCUCUGGGUGCUGCCGGUGGGGAUACAUCGGACAGCAAGGAUAGUCAACAACAGGCAGCGCAACUUCAACUGAAAGAAGAAUUGCCGAAAGAAUGGUUUUACGAUGAGAUGGAUAUACAUGAUAACGAUUCGCUGGAGGAGCCCAAGUCACCCGCCGAUGAUGAAUAUGACUAUGAUCCACGUUAUGGCACUAAAAAGCGCAGAAAGCGUAAGCCGGGCAAAAAAGCUUCUCUUGCUCCUGGAGAAAGUCCAGGGCCAGGUCGUCGUCGCGCCGGUCGUGGGCGUGCUGCUGCCACAGCAACACCACCGUCCUUGGGAGACAUUUCCCUCUCUGGCUUUGAUUCAGUCGAUGGUUUAGGCUCAUCAACAGAUGUAACAGUUACCCCCACCACAUCGUCUACGACUAGUAGUGGUCGUAGAGCACCACGUGGUACUGGCACACGUGGUAGACGCCGUGCUAAAAAUACCAAUGCACCAGGUGGUGGUCUGCUUGCUUCGGGGCUAAAUUCUGAGCCACCAUCGUUUGAAUCAGUAGCUGCUGCUGUAGGCGUUUUAGGAGAUUUGCCGGCUGUCGUAGACGAACACAAUGCAGAUUUACGCAAUUACCGUAAAUAUUUGUAAGUUUUUCUAAAUGGAUUUUAAACAGAUACUUUAUUUCAUUAGAAACAAUUAUAAAUGAAUAUAUAGAUUUUAACGGUUCAACUCUCUCGUCUAGGAAAAAAUUAUUUUCUUACUAAACACAUAAAUUUAAUUAAUACACAACUAUUGUUUCUUACCAGACCAAAACCUCAUUAAACCAAAAUGACCACCAUUCUAAAAGAAGAAAAAUACAAUACAUAAUAAAACCUAAUAUUUUUCAUAAUUUUUUUUUUUUGGUUUUCCAUUUUUUAGACUGUAAUUUUUUCCAUUAACCUUGUUCCUCCUCUACUACUACUACUUUUCUACUUGUUGACUAUUAGUUUUAGCUGCAAUAAAUGGGUACACUAGACAUAAGGUGUACUUCAAGCAAUACACUCCAUA